UCUCGCUUCCCUCUAUAACAAUACCAUAACGCUGGGAGUCGCUUGGGCUGCGCGGUCUUGGCUUGGGAAACCAUGCCUUUUCUGGGCCAGGACUGGCGAUCUCCAGGAUGGAGAUGGAUUAAAACAGAAGAUGGUUGGAAGCGAAGUGAGCCUUGCAGCUCAGAACUUGAGGAUGAAGGCAAUCAGCUUAAUGACGUCAAUCGUGCUAUCAUCUUGAACCGUGAUGAAGACAUAUGCAGUGUCGAGUGUGAAUUUGCAAGCAAAAAAAGGAAAAAGGAUCACUUUAGGAACGCUGCAAAAUCUCAGUGUUUCUAUCGUGAAAACUGGAUUUAUGUUCAUAAAGAAAGUACCCGAGAAAGGCAUGGCUAUUGCACUUUGGGAGAAGCUUUCAAUCGUUUGGAUUUUUCAAGUGCAAUUCAGGACAUCAGGAGGUUCAAUUACGUGGUUAAACUUCUGCAGUUAAUAGCAAAAUCCCAGUUGACAUCUUUGAGUGGUGCAGCUCAAAAGAACUACUUCAACAUUUUGGACAAAAUUGUUCAAAAAGUUUUGGAAGACCAGUACAACCCACGCCUGAUUAAAGACCUUCUUCAGGACCUAAGUUCCACCCUCUGCAUGUUAAUCAGGAGUGUAGGGAAAUCGGUGCUGGUAGGAAACAUCAACAUUUGGAUUUGCCGAUUGGAAACUAUCCUGGUAUGGCAGCAGCAACUCAGUAAUCUUCAGAUGACCAAGCAUAUCAACAAUGGACUUACACUUAGCGAUCUUCCUUUACAUAUGCUGAACAACAUCUUACAUAGAUUCUCAGAUGGAUGGGACAUCAUUACUUUGGGACAAGUGUCUCCAACAUUAUAUAUGCUCAGUGAAGAUAGGCAGUUAUGGAAAAAACUCUGCCAAUAUCAUUUUGCUGAAAAACAAUUUUGUAGGCAUCUUAUUCUGUCAGAAAAAGGUCAUAUUGACUGGAAGCUGAUGUAUUUUGCACUUCAGAAAUGUUAUCCCAUUAAGGAACAAUAUGGAGACACCUUGCAAUUUUGUCGUCACUGCAGCAUUCUAUUCUGGAAGGACUACCACCUUGCUUUGUUAUUCAAGGAUACAGGUCAUCCCUGCACAGCCAAUGAUCCUACCGGUUGCUUCACAUCAGUGUCUCCUCAGCACUUCAUAGACCUCUUCAAAUUUUAAAUGCAAUCCAUGGCGGGGGCUGGGGUGGUUUUUGUAAAGCUUUUGCAUAACCAUGCAGUACAUGGGGUUUUUUGUGCAGUAUUUUUCCUGAUAUGUGUUGAGUUAAACCUGAUGUAAUCAGGUCAUAGAGCACUUCUAUUAAAAUGUUCAGUUUCUAGGGAGGAAGAAAAGAGAAGGAAAAUUCACUUAGUAAGGAGAGAGAUACCAUGAAGAGAUUGGUUUCUGUGAAAGGAAUAAUUGGAAUUGGGCUAUCUAGUUAAUAGCCACCAACGCUUUAACCUUGUCUUUGAGCUUCAGUGAGAUGUUUGGAGUAACAGGCACUGUUGUUGAAGUGAAAGUGACAGAAACUGAUGAGUUUCUUCUUACUUGCCCAAUUCUAAAUAUACGCAGUUGGUACUUCCUGUAAAUAGUCAGAAGAUACCCUUAGGACUUCUAUGUAUAUAUCAUGUUGAUUGUGAGCAUUACACAUGGGCAAAACAUAAUCCUGCAUAUCAGUUGUGUGGGAAAACCAACAAUUCCAUAGUGUAAAUACAUUCAGCACAAUAUUUAUUUUCUUAAAACAUGUUCUAUUAAUUAUGUCCCAUCUCUCUGUAUCCUAAAUAAUGUGAGCGGCUGGUAUCCUGGCUGAUGAGCCAAGAUGCUGUUUUCUGGGUGCAGUCCAAUGGAUUCUGUUGAGUGAGAGGUGUGGGUGGGUGUGUUUCUCCAGCCAUCUCAUUGAUGUACUCUCAAGUCUUAACUGCCAUCAGGCUUUGAGCAAAAGAGAUGUGGCUGGGCUUUAACAGAGACUGGGACUUUGGUUGAAGCAGCACUAUUGGAGUUUUGCUAUGAACAUCUUGGCCAGUUUCAGAGAAGCAGAAGAGAGUCUGAAUGCUCUAGAGGCUACUCUGGGAAUGGGAUUGGCAGAAGAAAUAGAGGGUAAACUUGCAAGAAUCUCCAGUGGGUUCUGAAACUCUUAAACCACCAUUUCCAUAUAAGAGAAUACAUAGAUGAACACAGGAUUUAUGUUAUGUACCACUGUGUGUAUUGAAUCUUAAGUUUCUACCCAAAUAAAUCAUGUUUCAUCUUUUAACUAGAGUGUGG